AUGGACCAGCUGAUCCCCAUUAUCAACAAGCUCCAGGACGUCUUCAGUGCCAUCGGACAGUCGCCCAUCAACCUGCCGCAGAUCGUCGUCAUUGGCAGCCAGAGCAGCGGCAAGUCGUCCGUGCUGGAGAACAUCGUGGGCAAAGACUUUCUGCCGCGGGGCUCUGGGAUCGUCACGCGGCGACCGCUCAUUCUGCAGCUCUACAACUCGUCCACGAGUGGCGCAGGAGGUGAAGACGGAGCACCAGCUGCUGAGGGGGCAGAGGAGUGGGGCGAGUUCCUUCACAUUCCAGGCCACAAGUUUACGGACUUUCACGAGAUCCGGCAGGAGAUUGAGAAGGAGACGGACCGCAUCACGGGCAAGAACAAGGGCAUUAGCAACAAGAGCAUCAACCUCAAGGUCUUUUCUCCCCACGUGCUGAACCUCACGCUCGUGGACCUCCCGGGGAUCACGAAAGUGCCGGUGGGAGACCAACCCGUGGACAUUGAGGAACAGAUCCGAGACAUGUGCACGACGUUCAUUGCCAACCCCAACUCGAUCAUUCUUGCAGUCACGUCGGCCAAUACGGACUUGGCCAACAGUGACGCACUGAAGAUGGCGCGGGAGAUUGACCCGGAUGGACAACGCACGAUUGGUGUGCUCACGAAACUGGAUCUCAUGGACGAUGGCACUGACGCCAUGGAAAUGCUGCAGGGACGUGUGAUCCCGCUCAAGCGAGGGUAUGUGGGCGUGGUGAAUCGCAGUCAAGCGGACAUUAACUCCCAGCUGUCGAUUCGUGAUUCACUGGCGAAAGAGCAAAAGUUUUUCAAGACGCAUCCGGCGUACCGAGCCAUUGCAUCGAGGAUGGGGACGCAGUAUUUGUCCAAGACGCUGAAUACGAUCCUGAUGCAUCAUAUUCGAGACUGUCUGCCCGAUAUAAAGUCGAAGAUUAGCAGUAUGGUUACUGAUCUUGAUCAGGAGCUUGGCGAGAUGGGGUCCCCCACGGAGCAGAUGACGGCUACUGAAAUGGGCGGCUGCUUGCUCAAUUUGCUGUCGCACUUUUCGAGCAAUUUUACGAACUCACUGGACGGACGCAACCACCAGCUAGUGGAAAUGGACGAGCUCUACGGCGGUGCGCGUAUCAACUACAUUUUCAAUGAGAUCUUUUCCAAGUCUCUGCGAGAAGUGAAUCCUUUUGACGGACUGAGCGACGAGGACAUACGUACUACCAUUCGAAACGCCAACGGCCCCCGUCAGGCGUUGUUUGUUCCUGAAGUUUCUUUUGAGCUGCUGGCGAAGCGUCAGAUCAGCCGUUUGGAGCAACCUGGCUUGCAGUGUGUGGAUCUGGUGUUUGACGAGCUGCAGCGCGUGACGUCACAAUGUGAGACGAUCGAGCUCUCGCGCUUUCCUGAGCUGCGCGACCGCGUCAUGGAAGUGGUGAACGGCAUGCUGCGUGCGUCGUUGGUCCCGACGCAAGCAAUGAUUCAAAACCUCAUCCAGAUCGAGCUGGCCUACGUGAACACCAACCACCCUGACUUCAUCGGUGGCAGCCGUGCAGUGGCCCAAUUGAUGGAGAAAAUGCAGCGUGAUACAAUGGCAGCAGCUGGAGCACCGACCAACAAUAUGACAAAUCAGGACCCACGGCGUCCAGGGCAGGCACCGAAGCAGUACGCAGCUCCUGCGCAUGCAGCAGAAGAGAAGCCUGACGGGAAUGACCCCAUGUCCUUGUUCGGUAGUGGCCACAAGAAAAGUGGUGCAGAUGCCCACGUUAGCUCGAAGCCGGCAGUCGUGAAGCUACCCCAGGUGCCUGUGAGCAUGCGACAAGGCGACGACCCGACCGACCGGGAACGCAUUGAGACGGAAAUCAUCAAGAGUCUGCUGGCGUCGUACUUUGACAUUGUGCGGAAGAACUUUCUCGACUUGGUGCCGAAAGCCAUCAUGUGCUUUAUGGUGGGACGCUCAAAGGAAAACAUUCAGAAUGAGUUGGUCUCGUCGCUCUACCGCGAGGACAAGUUGUACGAGCUCUUGGCGGAGACUGGUGACAUUGCCGUGCGGCGCUCCAACUGUGAUGAGAUGCGCACGCUACUUCAGCGUGCUCUCGAGAUCGUGAACGAGGUCCGCGACUUUAAUACGUUCAAGUAA